AUGCCAUCAGAAUGCAUACUAGUUAGUGGUACAUAGAACUAUACUACUAAAAGCGCGAAAGGAAGUCUGCGAAUAGCAACACUACUACAAGUAAAAGAAGGGGAAAAGUGAACUUAAGAAAAGAUAGCUUGUUAACUUAUUAUAUCGUUAAUUCUCUUGAAUCAUUUCUUUCACAUGUCACUUAUUAUAUCAUGAGCAAGAUCUAUAGGAUCUAUCUAUAGGAUCUAAGAGAACAAUGGCGGAUGGCAUUACAGAACCCCCUACACCACUCCUACUAUCAGAUGAUGAGAAGCAAAUUCUAGAGUCACACGACCGCCUCCAGCAACUUCAGCUGGAAAUCGCGUUACUGAAAGCCCAGAAGAAUUAUAACCCAAACGCGAGUGCAUCUACUAGGGGGGAUAGCAGCAUAGAAGAAGCACAACAAGCUCUUCUAGACUCGAGAUCGAGAUAUAUCUUGCGAAACCAGAUCGUGGAAAGUGUCAUAGCCACCAACCCGAUCCUGCAAGCCUUGCACAACGGAACGAAAGCAUCCCCUAUAGAACGAGAUCUCCUUCCCGUCCUAGAACGCCGCGAAGAGUCAUCCUCGACGCUAGCGCAGCAGUCCACAGAACUCCGCGCGAUGCUAGACGAGAUCACGGAAGUAGAAAGCCAGAGCCUGCGCCUCGGCCGCGAGAACGUCGAUCUCGCCUCCCAGCUGCUCGAGCUUGCCGAGCAGACGAACCGGAGCAAGGCGGAGGCCAUUGAGAUGGACCCGGAACGGGCAGCCGAGAUAAGGCGCUUAUCAGACCAGGUCAAGCUAAGCAGGCAGAGAUGGCGAGUGUUGAAGGGUACUGCGAGCGCGGUAGUCGCCGGAAGUGGGGUGGACUGGUCUCGGGAUGCCGGGCUUAGGGAUAUUGUGCUCGACCCUGAGAAUGAAGAGGAAAUAUGACAGGGACCUUAGGUAGUCGCAAUUAGGUAAUGAGCUGAGAAGCGCGUAUUACAUACAAUAUCCAAUAUUAAACAAUACUCUCACGGAGUCUCACCGGUCAGGGCGCGGUUCUUGUCCUCUCAUGUCAUCAUGCCAAGCCAGAGCGCCCUAAAUGGGUGCCGAGGUGUUAUGUAUUUUGCAAGCCUUGAAAGAGGACGGUUCUUUCAGUUUACUCAUACAUAACUAACUCUUCGGCUUAUUCUUCUCAGUCUGUAUUACCUCAGCAGCAGUAGUAAAGUACCUACCUAUGCAUUUAUCUACAUGUAUGUAGACUCGACGAAAAAGGGACUCUCAUUUUCUUUUUAACAAAACGAUACAUCAGCCUUCGGUUCCUGGUCGAUAGGGCUUAGCGCCGAUUGCAUUUCUGACCAAAGUCGGUAGAAAUCACGUGGAGUACAAUCCUAUUUUAAGAUCCUAGAUUCAAAAGCUGGAAACUGGGUAUUAGGUAGAAUGGCCUUGUGUGUGUGCAUGUGUGCAUUGAUCUUGGAAUGGUGCACAUGUGGGUGAAUGUUUGCGUGUUACCUAGGAACGGUUGUAUCAAAAAAUU